AUGGCCGGGAAGACCGAAGAUAUCUCCGAUGCCAAAGAAGUCGAAGAUAGGAAGUCCGAAGGUAUCUCGGGUAAGAAGAUUUUCCGUAACGAAGAUUUCUCCGUCGUGGUGGAAGGGGGUCAGCUCCGCGACCCGUAUUACGACACGGGCGUAAAGAAGGAAGAUUUAGACUGUGGUGAGAGGCCGACACUGGUCUUCUGGAACUUGAUCAAGUGCCCAAUCCCUCCUGAUACGCUUCCUAGUGUUAAACCUACUAUCAGAUCAGUUCUUCAUGGAAUGGGCUUGCAUGGUUCGUUGCGAAUCUAUGGGUAUGGGGACAAAUCCUUACUCGACCGAAAAGAUGUCUUUUGGGAAGCCGAAAUUUCUUACGGUGUAGAACGUGAACAACUCCCGGAUGCCGAUCUCGAAGAUGUACUAAAGAAUGGCGGUAUCGGAGAUCCUAGUGAAAUCUAUUUGGACGUUCUUAUGAUCACGGAACAGACCUGUGAUCUUCCAGCAAUUUUAAUGGUAAUCCCAAAACCAGACAAAAAUAGUGAGUUGCACAGGGUGCUCGAGUGUUUGCAUUCGAGAGAUCACGAUGUUCUCCUAGUAGACCCGCCUGUUGGUGACAGUGGUGGUCAAUUUCUUGAAUCUGCAGAGUCACUAGUUGGUGUUAUAGAAGGUUUACAUGGAGAGAGAGACCCCAUAACCAAGCCGUACUGCGUUUGUACUUACAGUUGUUGA